AUGCAGCUGCCAGCACAACUCCAACUAUUUAUUUUGAUGGCGGUUUUGAACUGCCUCAACGGAAAUACCUUAAAAUAUCAAGUGUAUGAAGAACAACGAGCGGGGACUGUCAUCGCGCGCUUAAAGGACGACGUUGCGGAAGUUUUAUCCAAACUACCGAGCUCCGUGUCCUUUCGGUUCCGUGCUAUGCAACGGGGAAGCACGCCGUUCCUGUCUGUGCGGGAGGAGGACGGGGAGAUCAGCAUCGGCUCCAAAAUCGACCGGGAGAAGCUUUGUGAGAAAAAUGUCAACUGUUCCAUUGAAUUCGACGUGGUUACACUGCCGACGGAGUAUCUGCAAUUGUUCCAUGUGGCGGUGGAGGUGUUGGACAUCAACGACAAUUCUCCACACUUCUCCCGCGCCAUCGUCCCUAUUGAGAUCUCCGAGAGCGCGGCUGUGGGGACCCGCAUACCACUGGACGGCGCAGUGGAUGCAGACGUCGGAGAGAACUCGCUCCACACCUAUUCCCUCAGUCCCAACAACUUUUUCAAGAUAGACAUCAGAACCAGGACAGAUGGGGCUAAGUACGCAGAGCUGGUGGUGAUGCGCGAAUUGGACAGAGAGGUACAGUCGAGUUACCAAUUACAGCUCACCGCUUCGGAUAACGGCGUACCCCCCAAAUUUGGCUCCACGUUGUUGAAAAUUAGCAUCACGGAUUCCAAUGACAAUAGCCCGGCAUUUGAAGAGCAGGCAUAUGUUAUUGAUUUGCUGGAAAACUCUCCUCUUGGGAGUCUUCUCAUUGAUUUAAAUGCUACAGAUCCAGAUGAGGGCACUAAUGGGAAAAUUGUGUAUUCUUUCAGCAGUCAUAUCCCGGCCAAAAUUUUAGACAUAUUUAAGAUAAAUGCAGAAAAUGGUCACAUUACACUGAUGAAAAAGGUGGACUAUGAAUCCACUUCAUCCUAUGAGCUUGAUGUGCAGGCUCACGAUUUGGGUCCAAAUUCCAUUCCGGGCCUUUGCAAAAUUGUUGUGAAAGUGGUGGAUGUCAAUGACAACAAGCCGGAGAUAAACAUUAACCUCAUGACCCCAGGCAAAGAGGAGGUCGCCUACAUCUCCGAGGGUGCACCCGUAGAUACCUUCAUUGCAUUGGUGCGCAUUGAUGAUAGUGAUACAGGGCUUAAUGGUGAAGUGGUCUGCAGGCUUCAUGGCCACGGUCACUUCAAACUCCAGAAAACAUAUGAAAAUAACUAUAUGAUCCUCACAAAUAGUUCACUUGACAGAGAGAAGAGAUCAGAGUACAGCCUGACAGUCAUAGCUGAGGACCAGGGCUCCCCGAGCCUCUCCACGAUCAAACACUUUACUGUUCAGGUGCUGGAUGAAAAUGACAAUCCUCCUCGUUUUCAGAAGAACCGCUACGAGGUGUUCAAAUCUGAGAACAACUCCCCGGGAGCAUACCUGAUGACAGUGGUGGCCUCUGAUCCAGAUCUGGGCACCAAUGGUCAGGUCACGUAUGCCAUCAUGGAUGCUCUGGUGAAUGGGAGCCCCAUCUCUACGUAUGUGACCAUUGAUCCCUCAAAUGGAGCCAUUUAUGCCUUGAGGACUUUUGACCAUGAAGAUGUUAGUCGUAUUACUUUUACAAUUCAAGCAUUUGAUGGGGGAAAUCCUUCCCUGUCAGCCAAUACAACUGUCCUGCUUACAGUUCUGGAUGAAAAUGACAAUCCGCCUAUCAUUCACUCUCCCUCCCUCCAGAAUCACACUGCUGAACUUCCUGUAUGGAAGUAUGCAUCUCCUGGUCAGCUGAUUACAGCGCUUAGGGUCACCGACCGCGAUACAGGUGCCAACGGAGAGGUGAUUUGCUUGAUUGCGAGCGGAAAUGAAGAUGGUUUGUUUGUGAUGGAUGCUCGGCGAUGUGAGCUCAGAACUAAUGCGAGCUUAGAACAAGUGCCAAGGGAAGUGAUGGAGAUCAGGUUAGAAGUACAAGACAGAGGCACCAAUCGACUUACUACAUUUGCUCUCCUAAAGCUGACUCUACAGGAGACUAUAGACAUCCUCCCCCCUCUCCAUCCAACUGGGUCCAGCACCACCUCUCAUGAUCUCUCCCUCAUCAUCAUCAUAUCCCUCGUGGCAGUUUGCGCUGGGCUGCUUAUUGUAAUGGUCAUGUUUGCUACAACCCGUUGCACCCAGGAAAAGAAAGACUCUAAGCAUAACUACAAUUGCCGUGUUGCAGAAAACAGCUAUCAGAAACACCCCAAGAUGCCAACGAGGCAUAUACACAAGGCAGAUAUUACCCUGGUCCCAACAGUAAAUGGAAUUCUCGCUGUGCAGUCCCACCCACACUCCCCAUCAGCCUCUCCAGCACCUGUGAGGGGCACCCUUGGGAGCACGCAGAGCCAUCACAGUCGCCAGUCACUCAACAGUCUCGUCACCAUUUCCUCCAAUCAUGCGCCAGAGAGUUUUGCCCUGGAGUUGGCCCAUGCCACACCGCCAGUUGAGCAAGUUUCACAGCUUCUGUCCAUGCUCCAUCAGGGCCAGUACCAGCCACGGCCAAGUUUCAGAGGCAACAAAUACACAAGGAGCUACAGAUAUGCGCUAAACGAGAUGGAUAAAUUCAGUCUCAAAGACAGUGGUCGUGGCGACAGUGAUGCCGGUGACAGUGACUACGAGCCUGGCAGAGACUCACCUCUGGAUAGACUUCUUGGUGAGGGGCUUGCUGAGAUUUAUAUUCCUGACGUCCAUCACAGAGUGCAUGCAGGUAUGAGGCUCUGCACUGAGGAGUGUCGCGUACUGGGUCAUUCAGAUCAAUGCUGGAUGCCCCCAAGUGCUUCCCCGGCAUCCUCCUCCGCUGACUACCGGAGCAAUCUCUACAUUCCAGAGGAGCAAGCUUCCCAACGCACUGACCAGCCACCCGACAAAAUCCCACAGCCAUGCACUGAAAAUGGAUCAGGCCGGAACAAAAGCUUUUCUACCUUUGGAAAAGAUCCGGGCAACGCGGAUCGUGGAGAAGAGGAAGCUGAAGAUGAUGGGGGCGAUGAGGCCAGAGAUGAAGACCUCUGUGGAACGACGUCAUUGCUCUCAGAGAUGAGCAGUGUUUUUCAGCGUCUGCUUCCCCAGGGUUUAGAUUCAUACAUCCAAGUUCAUGACAACCAGAAGGGGACUUCCCUCAGUGGUAUCAGCGUACCAAUGACUGGAUCUUUAGAUCGAAGGAGGGGCCAUCUUCCUGGCAAGGCCAACCUGUCUGCCCACCAGCAAGGUGUUGCCGCUUGGGCCGCCAAUACUCACUUCCAGAAUCCAGGAAGUGGCAUCAUUCAACCUGGUCACCAUCAGGGAGGCAGCUACCACACGCUGAAGGCCAGCACCAAGCUCAGCUGUCAGAGCAGCAGUCACAAUAACUCACAGCCAUUGAAAAACAGCCUGCAGAAUAACAACCCCAAAUCACACAGCAGCUUGAUGCUCACAACAAGCGCCAGCCCCACUGUAAUACAGCCUUCUCAGGGUCCCGUGCCAAUACCAGUGCCCCUUCCUGGCCCUUCAUCCAAGUGGCUUCCUGCUAUGGAGGAAAUCCCAGAAAACUAUGAAGAGGAUGAUUUUGACUCUGUGCUUAGCCAUCUGCAGGGAAAACGAAGUGAGAGCCGCCACGAGCUGGUGGAUGCCAGUGAGUUGGUGGCCGAGAUCAAUAAACUUCUCCAGGAUGUUCGGCAGAGCUAA